AUGGCGUGCACAGUGGCUUCCCCACUGCUUGAGCCGAGUGGGAACUUCCCGGCAUGGCUGAAGGCGCAGGGCGUGAACGCGAAGGUGGCCAGGGCCAUGAACUCGGAGCUGGGCAUCCGGGACUACGGGGUCCUGCGCGCCUGCGUCAGGGACGGCCUCGUGCGGGCCGAGCUGCUGGCCACGGCACGCGAUCGCCUGCCCUUCGGCUUCUACGCCGUGCUGCGGCAGGUGGUGAAGGACCUGCAGGAUGCCGAGCCCCACGAUGACGCUGGGACGCCGUGCAGGGACGACGCCGCUGCCUCCUCUCCCAGCGACGUGACUCUGGGAGGCCUGGUGGACGUGCUGCUCGCGCUGUUCAACGGCUUGAGUCGGGAGCUGCUGCUAUCUUUACAGAGGCUGGGCGACGUUAAUAAUUGGCAGUCUGUCGCAGCUCCUUUAUCGACAGCUGCUGUCACAUCCGAAGAUGUGGAAGGAAAAAUGGAUCAUGUGGAAUAUGGUGAACAACAUCUCUGCGUCGGUCUCCCUCAACUCGUCAUCCAGAACGUGACCUCAAUCUCCAAUUUAGGAAGAAACCUCACGUGCGCGGCAAAUGAUGGACCCUAUGCGCCGCAGCAGACAGCAGCUGAAACACACAGUGAAGAAUUUGCUGCUGCCGCCGCUUCUGUUGACGAGGAAACGUCUCGAUCACUUGCGCAGAGAGACACGACCAGGAGGAGGAUGUCGGCAAUCUACAGUCAGAUGCUCUCUGCCGACGAGGAAGAGUCCAACAAGCUUGAAAUUAAUAAACCCAAUCCCGUAGUGUUGCCUUGGCCAAAAUGCGUCGGAAAUAAGGCACACUGGUGUGAGCUGUGCGGGAAGAACUACUCAAAACCCUACGGCUUGAAGCAGCACCUGCGAAUUCACACGGGCGAGAAGUUGCAUCGCUGCGAGGUUUGCAGGCGCACCUUUCUGAAGUUGAGCAGCCUGAAGAUCCACGUGCGCAGUCACAUGGGCGAGAAGCCCUACAGCUGCGACUUUUGUGGGAAGUGCUUCACCUCAAAUUGCCGGAUGACGACGCACCAGCGAACGCACACGGACGUGAAACCGUACUGUUGCACGGUGUGCGGCUACGCCUUCAAGCGCCAAGACUCGCUGGUGAUCCACUUUCGCACGCACACGGGUGAAAAGCCAUACAGCUGCAGGGUGUGUGGGAAGGGCUUCGCCAAGGGCAGCGCCAUGAAGAGCCACCUGCGCACGCACACGGGCGAGAAGCCGUACGGCUGCGCGGUGUGCGGAAAGCGCUUCUCGAAGAACAGCUCUCUGAAAAACCACCGCUUCAAGAUGGCGUGCGUAGUGGCCGCCCCAGUGCUGGAAUCAAGCGGGGACUUCCCAGCGUGGUUGGAGGCGCAGGGCGUGAACGCGGAUGUGGCCCGGGCCAUGGAUUCGGAGCUGGGCAUUCGGGACUACGGGGUCCUGCGUGCCUGCGUCGGGGACGGCCUCGUGCGGGCCGAGCUGUUGGCCACAGCGCGCGACCGCCUGCCCUUCGGCUUCUAUGCCACGCUGCGGCAGGUGGUGAAGGCCCUGCAGGGCGCCGAGCCCCAUGACAAGACUCCGCGCUGGGAUGCUGCCACCACUGCCAUCUCUUCUGGUGAUGUGACGCUGAGAGGCCUGGUGGACGUGCUGCUCGCACUGUUCAAUGGUUUGGGCCGGGAGUUGUUGGUUUGUGCGCAGAGGCUGGGUGCUGUGGAUGGUGGGAAUAUUACGGCGACCUCCCAUUCGGCUACGGAUCAUGCCAGUCCCGAUGACCUGAUGGAUGACAUGAAUCACCACGUGGAACAUGAAGAGGCGGAGGAGACCUCAACUCGUGUUGUGGAGGAUUCCAGCACGAACCUAACAAUGCAGCAGAUAAAAACAGAGCCCUUUGAAGAAGAGGCGGAGGAGACCUCAACUCGUGUUGUGGAGGAUUCCAGCACGAACCUAACAAUGCAGCAGAUAAAAACAGAGCCCUUUGAAGACAAGGCGGAACAGACCCCAGCCCACACGCUGGACAACUCAAGUCCCGAUCAGACCAUUGACAGAAUAAAGACAGAAACACGUAAAGAUGAACGUCCCGUCGAAGCACGUCCGGGCAACUUCGCCGAAGGCGUGAACUCUGUGCGCGAUGACACCACCGAUGUCGCGACGACAUCUGUGGGCGCCGUCGCCAGAAGCCACUCUCCAGGGCCGGCAGCAGUAGUGCCAUUGCACGCCCAGCAGCCAUCGGCGAUCAGGCCUGGCGAUGGGGAGGCGAGCUGCUGCAAGCUGUGCGGGCGCACCUUCGCACGGCCGUGUGGCCUCACACGGCACCAGUGCCCCCAUGAGAGGCCGCACCGCUGUGACGUUUGCGAGCUGCGCUUCUCGCAGCACACCCACCUCGAGAGCCACAGGCGCACGCACACGGGCGAGAAGCCAUUUGGCUGCGACGCCUGCAGCAAACGUUUCUCGCACAGCACCAAUCUGAAGAAUCACAAGAGGACGCACACGGGCGAGAAGCCCUAUGCCUGCGCCGUGUGCAAAAAGGCGUUCUCGCAGAGGGCCACGCUCAAGACGCACAUGCACACGCACACGGGCGAGAAACCGUUCCGCUGCGAGAUCUGCAACCAGGGCUUCACGCAGAAUUCCACACUCAAGACGCACCUACACGUGCACACGGGCGAGAAGCCGUUCCGGUGCAAGAUCUGCAACCAGGGUUUCACGCAAAGCUCCAAGCUGAAGAUUCACCUGCGCCUGCACACGGGCGAGAAGCCCUACCGAUGCAAGAUCUGCAACCAGGCCUUCACGCAGAGCUUCAACCUGAAGGUCCACCUGCACACGCACACGGGAGAGAAGCCAUAUCGCUGCAGCGUGUGCGACAAAGCUUUCUCGCAGAGCUCUACGCUGAAGACUCACCUGCGCCGGCAUGCGGGAAAGAGCCCCUACCAGUGCGGCGUGUGCGACCGGGAGUUCUUGCUCAAGACUCACCUGAGUGCCCACCAGCAGAGUGUGCAUGCACGCGAGGGGGAAGUCCUGACGGUGCAGCCGAUGUGACGGCAACCAGUGACGGACGGGCAUGCCGUUUGUGGCUGCUGGUAGAAGGGGGAUCUUCGUGUUGUGCUCCCACCAGCUUGCCUUGGCCGUCGUCUCCUGCGCCAGAAUAUUGACUGGACCCUGAACAGAUCUCGCCUUGACGGGCAUCGUUAGUCAAACCCAGAGGCGUAGCUAGGGGGGGGCAGGAGGGUACAUGUGUCCCCGGGCGCCAAGGUAAAGGGGCGCCAAAAUGAGGCUUACAACGUUACAUUAUAACUUAUUUCGGCGGGCGCGGCAGCCUGAAACUACUGCACAAAUCUACACCUCAACCUAAAAGUUUAUAUAUCCCGCCACACACAGCCUACAUGUCAUAUCCCGCCACACACAGCCUACAUGUUGGUAUGUGAUUAAACGGGGGGGGCACCAAUUUUUUAGUUCGUCCCCUGGCGCAAAAUAUCCUAGCUACGCCACUGGUCAAACGAGAAUCAAGAGUUUAGCUCGAGCGAUGUGUAUUCGGAUUGUAUCGACAGGAACUCUUCAGGUCAGUUCCUGAGAAAUUUCCCGGCGCGUGUAGCGAAAAGUCGAACAUCGCAUCGAACAAGACGCGAUACAACCUGAAAAGACACCAUAGAGUUAUAUAACACAACCACAAAACUUUUGUAAAGUGUCUCUUUUGCUCUGUCAAUUUUUUUUUCAUCACAUUGAAGUCAUUUGGUCUGUGAGCCUUCUGGACCAACGUUUUCCAGUAGUUGCUAAUCAUGCAAAGGCUAAGCGGGAAAAUUACUCGACUGGUUUUAACUUCUCUGAGCUCCUCAGCAGUGUGAGGAACAAUUGCUGCUGGCUUGCAUGAUGUUGUAGGAGAGAGCUGUCCACUGACACCACAGGGCCAAUGCUAUAUGAUGUGAUAUACUGUGUGGGUUAACAUAUAUCUAUCAAUCGUUACAGUGCGUUAUACAUUUUGGCACAUUUCAGCUGUCACUUGUGAUUGCCGAGGUCUUAUCAACAUGUGGCGGCCCAUGUGACCAUGGAUUACGGUACCAUAGACACCUUCAAAGAAAAUAAAGUUAAACUUUAAGGCCAAAUGACCCGAUCCCACUGUGGUGAAGCUCACCAGACUUUUCAAACUUGAUGUUCGAUUGGGAUGGGCGCUGUUUACUGGUGCUCUGGACAUGAACUUGUAAGCACUACUAACCAUCUCACUACGGGCUUAUAGCAGAUUUAGACCAUAUUUUGUUAAUAUGCUAUGAAAUGCAUGGUCACUUGUUAAUAAGAGUGAGCCUAUCUGUACCUACCGAGUGGUACGCCCUGCAGCUGCAUUCAAGUUUAAAACACUCAAGUGCAUCCUACACCUGGACAAUAGGUAAAGUCGCUACUGUUCAGUGUCUCUGGGCACUACUCAGUUAAUGCCUACCCUCGUAUUACCUAAUACACGUGUGCAUCUCAAUUCAAAUCGUCUCCAUCGAGCAGCGCUCAUCUCCCGUUAUUGGCAACACUGAGCCAGUGCUAGAAUAAAAGUGUAUUUAUAUAAGAGUGGGAUAGUACUUCGAGGGUUGUUCACCAUGCAAAAUUGCAAUAUCACAUUGUCUUCAGCAGAGGGCGAUACAGAAUAAGUCCUGUAGUAUUUAAAAAAAACUUUUUUUUAAACACGCUUUAAUUAAAUGUACUAGUAAUGGAAGAACUCCACGACUCUAGGAAGUGGCCCCGAAGCUUGCCAUACCGUAAGGGACCGUGGUAAUUUACAGCCAACGUCAGUUUACCGUGGACAAUUGGACCCAAGCCGAAACAUAACAUAUAAAAAAUAAUGUUUACAAAAAUAUAUUUUAAUUGUGUUUAUGAUAGAAUAUAGUAUUGUCAUCAGUAUGACAUAAGUAUACCAAGUUUGCAGUCGAUACCACAUUGGGAAGUGGGAUAAAAUUGAGUUACAAGAUUUGAGGAUACAACAACAACAGACAGAGUGAGUUAAAUAAAAGCGUGUAAUAAUAAAAAUGCACUCUGCUCCCGCCUACACUGUAUGCGUCUCGCCUUCACCAAAAGCAAAUUGACCAGUAUGGUCAAGUAUGGUCGAAAAACCCCAACAGCCCACACGGCACGGAAUGACCCUCAUCCAGCAGGAUAUUGACAAAAGGGCUGGAUAGGUAACGGGGACAAUCUGUCCAUGGGACAAUCUGGGAUCACAAAUUGGUGCUUAUUUUAUUAACCUUCGACUCUUCGGGGGAUGGUGGUUUGAGCCGAUUCAAAUUGUGAUUCCGAUUGCAAAUCAUGCGCAUUAACCACAGCACUUCCCGGCUCGGUAAAUGUGGAAUAUUUAACUUACAAAUACAGAAUUAGUUUUACAAUGUAUUAAAUCCGGGCAUGCUUGGUAAAUUUUAGUUUUUUACUUUGUCAUAAUGUUCGUGUUUUCCAGUCUGCUGCACACUUAGCGCUUUAGGGAUUGUGGAUUACCUUUAAUGAAGUGCUGCCUCUGACCAAAUCACUCGGAAUGUGCCCGAUCUUGUUAGAUAUUGGAACCUAAGCAGAGCUAAGCCUGGAACACGCUUUGCCUCUACCGCAAUGGACCACAAGCUUGCAACACUACAUGCCUGAUUGUUAUUUGCAGGGCCUGACCUCGAAUUAAACUUGCAACCUUGCCUUUGAUUUUUUUUCAUUAUGUGGUGCACUUUAUAUGUGGGGCCUGAGUUACAUGACAGUGGAAAUGAAGAUUUUGCUGCAUUGUUGGUGUAACAUCUGCAAAAUGGAUAGCAAGAAAAUAUCUUAGAUGUGGCUGUGACAACAAACAUGAUCUCAAUUUCUCACUCUAUCGCCACCUGCACACAUCCCACACAUUUGUAUAAUCAUCUCUUGUAUCCCAUCAGGUUCACAUAGAUGCUUAUUCUGCACUUGACCCGCAAGUUCUCGCCGUCUCCCCGACAGACCUGGUCUUCACCUGAGGACGGCUGCUUGCGUUGUGGCCGAAACGUCGUGAGAAUUAUUUUAUGAUGUUUUAUUAUUAUUAUUUUAUUAUUUCCAUUCUACGUGACUUUACCGAAAGAACCAAGAAGAAGUUCUCCAAUAGUUUGCACAGCACGGUGCUGUGUGUUCUUGUUGUACCUGUUAAUGUAAUACUUGUCUACUUGUGUUGUAUACAAUGUAACAACAAAAAGUGCAUGCCAUUAAAGCUAACUGUAGACUUA